UAGCCAAUGAGCGGCCGGCGAUGCGUGCGGUGUUGUGUGGCUGCUGGCUGGGCAGCUACGAGCGAGCCUAAGCAGCUAGUAUGGCGGAGGAGGGCAGUUUUCUCGAGUUGGAGGGGCUGGAGAAACAAUUACAAUCACUCAUAAGAUGUUAUUUCAGUGACGGCUUAAGGGGCGACGUCAAAACGUUCUGUUCGGACUACUGUAAGCUGGUGGAAGAAUACGCGUCUCGCUGGCGCUCGCCGCUCCCUCGGCUCAGGAUCCUGGAGGCGGCCUUGUCCCACUUCACGCAGGCCUCCUCCUCGUUCACGUCCAACUGCGAUCACGUGCGUCGCACGCUCAGCAGUUUGGCCUUGAGUGUUUUUGAGUUGCUGCUUUUCUUUGAUGAGCGAGAUUUCCACAAAGAGCCAUUGAAACACUUUCAACUAAAAUUCCAGGAAUGUUAUUCUGCCCUUUUAAGGCAUCAGAAUGUUCACUUAGUUCAGGUUGAGCCUUUGCUUGGUGCGGGGGGCCCUUGGGCCAAUACAACCUUAAAGGAAAUCCUCAGUGAAUCCAAUGUACCUCAGAAUGAAGUGGACAGGUUCCUCAGCUCCGAGUCGCCGGUGUUCUUGGAGCUGCGGGUGCGCUACCUGAUCUCCCGCCAGCGCGUCGGCGAGGCUCUAGCCCUGGCAAAGUGUUGCAUUCGGCAUCCGUCGGCAGGGAAACACUUGUUCUUCCUCCAGGUCUACCUCACGUGGCUUUACAAGACGCAAUGCAAUCGGCUGCUUCAAGAAGUUGCUGAUCUCAGCGGCAAAGAGGCGGUGCACAUCAUCUGCAGUUUAGAGAACGAGGAAACAAACGAACUGCUGCUAGCCCUCUGUCAGGUGUUCCUCUCCCAACAGCUCUGCAGGGGCGACAUGUACUAUUUGUGGGAGCUUGUUUUUAUCUGGAGCAAACUUCAUCAUCGGCAGAAUACUUCCAAAGAAGCCUUUCUCGAGGAAAGCCGUCGCCUCGCGCUGUCCGCCGCCAACGUCAACGCGGUCUUCCCGUUUGUCCGCGUCGUCACCCAAGAGUUGGGCGAAGGCGGAGUCCAGUUCUGCGUGGAGCUUUGCGCCGACGCCUUGAAAUCUCGCCUCCCUUGCGACGCCGCCACCAAGUCGCUGAUCUAUAAAACCAUCGCCGGCCUGCUGCCCAACGAUCUGGAAGUGUGUCGGGCGUGCGCGCUGCUGGUCUUCUUCUCGGAACGCAGCGUGGCAGCCUACAAGAUGGUGUCUAUGCUGUACAUGCUUCCGGACCAGGACUACCACGUCGAGCACAGCCCCAUCAGAAAUCAAAUUCGAUUUGAAACGCUGCAGAUCUUGAAGAAGGACCUAUACUUUGACCCGGAGUUUUGGAACCUCCUUGCUUUGCGGACCAGUUGUUUGGAACUGAUGAGCGAGAAAGUGGUCGACGAGGAACUGAUGGAGGAGAGCUGGCUCCCCAACGAUCGUACCAAAGAGUCAUUUGCGUGUAGCGCGUCAACGGGAAGGAGUGAUAACGCAACGGCCAAAAAUGAGGGCGGGCCGAAAGAAAUGAGCUGCGGGGAGGCGGCCAAAAAACUCAAGCUGGGCCAAGGCAAAGCGGGACUGAAUAACGGCGGCGGCGCCGUGAAAAAAAAGGCCGAGCAGCGCUCGCGCUAUCCCAAGGGAGCGUCGUCGCAACCUUUGCGGCGUUCCUUUUGGCAGCUGGACAGGAUACACGACGCGGGCGCCGGCCAGCUGAGACGAGCCACCCGACUGUCUGAAAAAACCAACCCUCCCAAACGAAGGAUUCAAAAGCCCAAAUGGCUACUGGAAGAUUCCGGGAGCGCGCAAGAGCCCAAGCUGCGCAAACACGCUUUGAGACAUCGAAGGGCCCAUCGCUCGUCCGCCCUCAAGAGGGCGGAAAACGGCCAGGCCAAAAACGCCGCGCGGCCCAAAAUGGCGGCGGGAUCGCCGGCGCUCCCCGCGGAAGCGCCUCCCCCUCCCGCUCCCGCGCCGCAAAUCGUUUUGGAGCUGUCGCUCCCGGACAACGAGCUGAUGGGAACCUUCCCCGAAGAUUGCAACCGAGCCAAGGGUUGCCCGCCGCUGCUUUUCUACAAGCCCACCCUCAAGCUCCCCGACCCCUCCCGCCCCGCCAGGGCGCCGCACGGAAAGGAGGUGGUCCUUCGGGCGAGGGACGCCGGCAUGCUGACGCAGCUCUUGCACUGCUACGCCCGCAGGCCCAAAGGCAAGGGCCACGCCUCAAAGAGUCACGGCUCCGUGUCCACCAUCACGCGCUCCUCGGCGCACGGGAGUCCUCCCAAAGAGCCGCGGGGGGCGGGGCUUUGCGAGAAAACCCACGCGGACGAGCGUGCGGGAGCGCCCAGCCCACUUUUGCCGUCUUCAGAAAAGUCUGAGCUUCAAAAGGGGCUCUCUCCCGAAAAAGUAGCGGUGCCGAACGGAACGGAAACUCGCAUUUCGGCUCCAAGCGCAAACGAAGCCCCGAGCGCCGUUGAAGCCCGACAACUUGACGACGGGAUGACGGCGGCGGAGAAAGUCACGCCGCGGCCCAGCGCGGCUUCCGCCGAGGCCGCUCGGACCUUCGAUACGCGGAGCGAACAAACGGAAGACGGCGACGGCGCCUCGCCGCCGCUCGCCGCUACACCGAGCGGCCAAAGCCCCGAUUCGCCGCCUCUCCGGGACGGCCGAGCCCCCGUCGACAUCGACGGAGAAGAAAAUCCAAAAGCGCUCGGCUGUCGUUGUGAAAUGGACAAAACGUGUGUCGACGGGGCCAACACACGCUGCCAACAUUCUCACCGCGCGGACGACCUUUCGACCUUAGUCACGGAAAUGCUGGCCCGCUUUCCUCCCGUUGAAGAACUCCCCGGAGACGCAGAGACGCGCAAACGAGCGCCUGACGCCGAGUCCCAGGAAGCGGCGCUCCCAAACCAAAGCGGCGUCGCAAACGCCUCCGGCCGCACGCCGCCGCCGCCGCCCUGGAUCGCCGCUGGCGUGCAAGGAAACGAUGGGGAAAGGUCAACCGAGGACGACGACUUUGAGGACGACGAAACGAUGGAAACGGAGGAGUCCAAGUUGGAGUACCGCUGUACUUUUUGCCAGAGAGACUUUAAGGGCAGGCGCGUGGUGGCGCACGCCAUGUUCCAUUUCCGCAAGGACGAGUGCAUGUUUUGCGGCGGCGCCUUCAAAGACGACCUUCUGGCCAUGAUGCACCUGUCCGAUCAUAUCGAGAAGCUCAAAAGGAGCAAGGAGGCGGCCGCCAACAAAGCCCAAGCCGGCCCCCCGCCCGACACCAAAGAUUUCUCGGACCUCCCCCGCAGGCCGUCGGCCCGUCGCGUUAGCAAGAAGCCGAGGAAGCCCGCCGGCCGCGAUGGCUCCGCCCGCCUCCCGGAGGCGCCCCCGCUCUCGGAAACGAGACAUUUGCGAUCAAACGACAAAUCUCCCCAGCGCAAGCUCAACGGAUUGCUGGGCAAAAAGACCCCGUUUGAGUCCCAAGCCGAAGACCGGCGGACGCCUCGGGGGAGUCACGCCGCGGCCAAAUCUCGGGAGUCCUGCGCGGCGCCCAUCCAGAGGAGGAAAUGCGCGGAAAGUUUUCAGGACGACGUCAUUCGGGAGGAAAGGGCGGAGCCCGCGGCCAAAGUGGACUGUCCGUCCGACGGCUGCGCCUGGUCCACGGACCUCUCCAAGAACCGCGUGGCUCUCCUCUACCACGCUCUGGAGUGUCACCACGGCGACGUGCGGCCUUUGGAACUCUCCUUAAAAGUGGCCAAGAACAGAUGCAGCAUUUGCAUGAGGGUCUUGUGGAGUUUGGAACACUUUCAGCAUCACGUGGAGCGACACCGGCUCAGCCCUCGCCACCCCUGCCUCCACCUGGGUUGCGCCGCCCGAUUCAAGACGGCCAACCAAAUGCGACGACACGCCCGCAAACACAGCCCGCUGCAGGCGGCGUGCUGCUCGCCCGGCUGCCCCCGACUCUUCAUUUGCCUCUGGGCGCUCAACCUCCACGAAAGGGAGCACUACGCCGGCAAGACGUUCAAAAGCGGCCGCUCGCGGACGGACGGCGCAGACCGCCGCGUGCGGCCGCGCUCCCCGACCUCCGCCGCCCGUCGGACUCGUCGUGGGGGGCGUUGGUCGCGCGACGCAGCAGGAAUCGUCCGCGCGCCUCCCCCCGCCAUUAAAAGGUCUGCGGCGAAAGAGGAGCUGAAAACCAGGAGCGAGUCCGAGCACGCCAACGUUCUGAAGAAUCUCUCCAACGCGGACUCGGCCGCGCAGAGCGCCAAGCGCACUUUGAAGCUGAGGCUCAGAAAAGGCCCCACGUCGCACGCUCACCCGGGGCCGCCCAAAAGUCCGCUUUUAGCCGUCGUCGGACGCCGGAGCAAAUCGCGGCAUCGGUUGAAGCAAAAGAUGGCCGCCGUCGACCAAGCCCAAACGUUCCCGAGAAGGAGAGGCCGUCCGCGAAAGUCCAGAAAAGCCGCGCGCGACGAAAACGCCACCGAGGACCCCGGCGCUCAAAGUCUAAAGAGCGAGUCCCCGCACGGUCCUCGGACGGCGGCGGCGCCAACGGCCGCGAACACGUCAGAAAUGAAAGAAGAAGAGCACCGGCAAGUCGAGGAUCCUGGCAGGGCCACGGAAAUCCUCCGCCGCGACUCCAAGUCCGAAACCACUCUCAGCGGGAACGCCGUCCGACCCAAGGCGCCUUCGGACAGAGGCUCCGCCCUAACUGCGGCGUCUCGGAAUUCGCUGGUCCGCGCGCUUAAAUUGAGAGUUCUUAAUUUGAGGAAGCGCCGCGCUUCCAAAGACGCCGAGUCUUUGGAAGCAAAGAGUCGAAGAAAAAGCCCCCGCGAAAAAGGCGAGGGGUGGCUCGACGUGGGCCACCAAAAGCCAGCAAGGAGUCUGUCGCCCUCUAGUGGCCCCGCCGAGCAACUUCCCGCCCCCGAUGCGGUGCGCUUGAAGAACGCACUCCCCAAAAAGAAGAAAUCGGAGAAAACGCUUCCGAGGACGUCGGAGGAGCGACACGCAAACGUGACGGCGAACGGCUGCGCUUCCGCCGCCUUCGACGUGAAGAGAAAGUCGGCGAAAAAGCCUCGGCGCCUGAUGAGUCGGGUCUGUUCCGCCGGGGAAAAAGCUUGCGAGGCCACGAGCGGCGCUUCCGCUUCCCACGCGUCCGGUUGGAAGAGGAAGUUUGAGGAAGAACCUUCAGACCCGUCGAGUCACGUGGACGCCACCGCCGCAGACAAUUUCAAGAGAAGGUCGAAGGAAGAGCCGUCGGAUGCCGCCGGCGACGCUUCUGCUUCCGCCGCGGGAGAACCUUCGGACGCCGCGAGAAACGGCUCCGGUUGCCCCGCCGCCGUUUGGGCGAGCGAGUCACGGGAAGAACUUUCAAACGCGACCAGCGACGGCUUCGGUUGCGCCGCCGCCGCCGCCGUCUGGAAGCCCGAGGACGAUACGGCGAGAGAUGACUCCGGUAGCGCCCCGUCUACUUUGAAGAGCAAGUCCGGGGAAGAAAGCGGCUCCGCUUCCACCACGUCAAACUUGAAAAGGCAGUCCAAGAAAGAAGCGUCAAACGCGACGCGCGCCGGGAGUCCGGCCUCGUCGCUCGUUCGGGCGGCAACUCCUUCAAAGGAUGCGCGGCGGCGGAAAAACAAAGCCGCCAGGGCCGUUAAAGACGGUGACAUAAAGAGGAGUGAGAAAAAAAAGCAUUCGGACAAAAGUAGCGCUCCCCGGCGGAAAACGCAAGCUUCGGAGGGCGGCCCAGUGACGAGCGGACUAGCGGGCGACCGCGUCGGCGCGCCGGCGGACGGCGAUGAAACGCCCGAGCGCGCCAAAGACGGGCUCGGUCACUCGCCGAAGCCGCCGGCGGCCAAAGAGUCGGACGUGUCCACGCUGUGCAUGGACACGCUGGCCGAGUACGGCAAAAAGCACAUGCGCGCGCCUCCCACCGCCUACCUCGACGAGAAGUUCACCGCCAUGCGCAAGAAGAGAAAGGAGGCGGAGUCUGACGCCGGCGCCUCCUUGGACGAGGAUCUGAGCGGCGGCGGCACCCUGCGGAGACUUCGCUGCGCCAAGUGUUUGGCCGCCUUCAACGGCGCUCAAGAGCUGCACAGUCACCUGCGCCUGCGCCGCUGCUCCGGCCUCUUUGGCUUUGACUCGGACGACGACGUGAAUAGUUGAAGGAGCCCACUUGAAUCCGAGUGAUCGCACCUCGCGGAUUCGGAACGGACUUGCCCCCGCAGGACCCGCGCGGGACUGCGCCCGGGGCGGAUCGAGGGUCCGCCGGAGCGCUUCAGGACCUCAUCUGAGUCUCCACAUCGGGUGCCCGGAGCAAAGGCGACGGUCAUCGUUUGUGAAUACGGGAGUGAAAGUCCCGCGAUGCCCCCCAACCCCCCCCCUGGCAGAUUUUGGCCAAGAGUUUGUACUCAAGUGCCUGCCCCCGGAUCCACACUUUGCUGUUUGGUGUCCGCACCCAAGGAAACGCCGUCACCCUCGGGAAGCCAUAAACGAAAAACUAAAGACGCAGCCUCGUCACCGCGCCGGACGAGGUCAAUUCUCGGCUCUUCACGUUGGGACCAUGCGACCCUUGUCGGCGGGCGGGGCGCUUUUGCUGCCGCCCGUAGUUGCCACGGUCUUUCUUAACCCUCGCUUCCAUCGGUUCGCUUCUUGUUAGCUUCACUGCGCGGGUUCUUUAGGAAAGACGGCGCGGUUGUCACUGAAUCGCUCGGCCGUGGUUGCCUUUCGGGCUCCCUUCGGCCCACCAGGGCGACGUCGCCCGGGCUGAAGGGAGCUCCAAAGCCGCCUUUUAACUCUUUGCGGGAAGCUGCGACAACUUCUAUUUAUUGAAAUUGUUUUUUUUAAAUCUCGUCAAUAUUAGCGUUUCCAUUGCUAAUGUCAGGGUUUGCUGGAGCGCGCUUUCUAUUUUUUUUGGGGGGGGGAAAUAAAACUUAUUUCAUGUUAAUGA